AACAAACAGGCAUCUGCAGGUGCAGAGAGAGUGUGAGCGCAAAUGGAGAAAAGAUAUCUAUUCGAGUUCCAAAUAUAUAUUUUCCUCUUCAAAGCAGAGAAGAUCUAUUAUCCCCUACUCGCUGCUAUUACUAUUCCUAUGAACAUACUGACGAUUUUCAUCCUGAUCCAUGGCAAGUGUGGUCUUUCAAAGUGCAUUACUUGUUAUCUGGUCGCCAUGGCAGCAGCCGAUAUGUUUGUUGUAAUCAUCGAUGUGAUAUUGAGACAGAUUCCAAUUGUUUAUGAAGAGCAGUUUAUUUUUAUGUAUUCAUUACCUCUGUGCAAUAUUCAUGCUGUGCUUCUCUAUGCAGUCACAGAUUGUUCCAUCUGGUUCACUGUCACAUUUACCAUGGAUCGAUUCAUAGCUAUUUGUUACCAGAAACUGACAACUAAGUACUGCAGGCAGAAAACAGUGAUUAUUAUUCUAGGAGCAGUGACUAUUCUUAGCUGUUUAAAGAAUGUUGUCUGGUAUUUCAUGUUCACGGGUCAAUAUUGGCUUAGCAAUGCACCCUGGUUUUGUGAAGUAAAAAUGCAUGUUCUACAAUCACGGAUUUGGGGAACAAUUGAAUUACUGCACCACAUUCUCACUCCCUUUGUCCCCUUUAUUUUAAUUCUGCUACUGAAUGUUUUAACUGUCAAAUACAUUGUUGUGGCCAGCAAAGCACGCAAGAGACUUAGAAAUCAUAACAAUAGUCCCAAAGACCCACAGAUGGAAAGCAGAAGAAAAUCCAUGAUUUUACUCUUUGUAAUCUCGGGAAAUUUCAUACUGUUAUGGUCUAUGUUUAUGGUGUAUUCUAUAUGGAGUCGAAUGUGGGAGAUGGGUUAUAGGUCUAUAUAUCUCCCGUAUUUUGUGCAAGAGUUGGGCUUCAUGAUGCAGCUCCUGAGUUGCUGCACAAACACUUGCAUAUAUGUUGUAACUCAGACGAAGUUUAGAGAUCAAAUGAAAAAAGCCAUGAAAUAUCCAUUUUUCUUGAUUAGAAAAGCCAUUAACUUAUGAAAUGUACCGAAUUUCCUACAGAGGUAUUGCCUUUAUUUUGAAGAACUACCCUGUCUCCUACAUAUCACUGACAAAAUCAGUACUAACACAAUCACUGGGAAAAAGAAACAAUUGUGUAUUGUAAAAGGUAUAUCUAAAGUCUGAAAAUGUGGAAUCAACCUACCACACUUAUAAACAACAGGAAACAAUUAACCAGAACACUAUCACCCUGGCAGUUUCUGCUGCCAAAGACUUAAUAAUAUGUUUACAAGCCACAAUUUUUAGGGUAAACGUUUUAAUUUAAUAAAAACACAGGGACAUGCACAGUACUUCAAUUGUUAGUUUCAGUGUGGUUUCUUUAUUUAUUACUCUCUCAGGGAAUUGAGAUGAUGAGUAUCAUUGCAUACUUCCACACUACUUGGUAAUGUACGGAGAGACGAAUGGAAAGGCAAUUUUUUUUAAAAAGUCUUUUUCAAUGGGAAUGUUGUAUAACAAAAUCAGACACAUUAGAAGCUGAUAAUAUGAGCUGAGGGUUUUAACCAACUUAUUUCAGCUUCAUUCUUUCAUUCUGCUCAUUAGUAAUUGAAUGGAAACCUGUAGGUUUCAAAUUCACCAUCAGUCAGAACCAAACAUAU